UUUAACAUCUGCCACAGACGAGAAAAACCCCAACCAAAUGAUCUGGUACCAUUUUUGUAUUUUAUUUUUGUAGCCAAAACCCCCAAAGUCUAAAAACCUAAGACAACAAUUUUUGGAAUAAGCCCUAAAAGAGGGCAUAAACCCUGAACCUCCGACCGACGAUAAAAACCUCAGAACAGAUUUGAUAGUGAAUAACAACAAGAGUUUGGUUAAAGAUGCAGAACGACGAGGUCAUAUGGCAGGUUAUCAGGCACAAGCACUGCAGCUUCAUGUCUAAAAUUUCAACUGGGAUUUUCUGUCGAAACCCGUAUAACGUAACUGGGAUCUGUAACCGAAGCUCGUGCCCACUUGCCAAUAGUCGCUAUGCUACUAUUCGCGACCAUGAUGGAGUCUUCUAUCUUUAUAUGAAAACAAUAGAAAGAGCUCAUAUGCCGAACAAGUUGUGGGAAAGAGUUAAGCUGCCAAGCAAUUAUGAAAAAGCGCUUGCAAUCAUUGACAAACAUCUGAUGUAUUGGCCUAAGUUACUUGUACACAAGAUAAAGCAACGGUUAACCAAAAUGACUCAGAUGCGGAUACGUAUGAGGAAACUUGCUUUGAAAACAAGGGAGAAGAUAAUGACAACACCAAGGAAAGAGAAAAAGAGGGAGUCUAGAAGAGAAGAAAAAGCUGAAAAAGCUGCAGUGUUGGAAAAGAGUAUUGAAAAUGAACUAUUAGAACGCCUGAAGAGAGGAGUUUAUGAUAUAUAUAAUUAUCCUGUCAAAGAAUACAAUAAAGUUCUUGAUAUGGAAGAAAUGCAGCCUGUUAGUGAAGAAGAUGAGGAGGAACCUGAGAUAGAAUAUGUUGAAGGUUAUGAUGAACUCGAGGAGGAAGAGGAUAUGGAAGAUUUUGGUGGUCCUGCAAUGUUUCAAUCACUUACAGAAGAUGAUAAUGAUGAAGAUGCUGACGAUGAUGAGACAGAACCAUCUAGUCACAAGAGAGUGAGAAAAGAGUCAGACUUGGCUCUUAAAAAGCUUCAGAAAGAUGAUCCCCAUGCGAAAUUGAAGAAGAAGGCAAGGGUACUUGUUGAGGUUGAGCAUGAAGAUGACUUAGAAAGAGAAAAGGCAGUCCACUAGAAAGCAAUGUUUCUUAGGAGCUUUGGCUGUAGAUUAUCCCCCGGAUUUGCUGGGAAAUGAGGGAGACUUGCGGAGUUGUAGACAAGAAAUUUUGUUUUGAUAGUUUUGCUGUUCUGAUGAUAGUGGAACGCUAAACCAAAUUAUGUUCAAUGAAUGCCAAUCUUUUCUUGAA